AAUGAUAGCAAUUAGUUCUAAGCUAGACAACGUCACCAUGCCAACGAACUCCAAGGCAACGGACAAACUGUGUCAGGUCAAAAAAAACGCUAUCACUGAAAUUGCCGCCUUCAGCCCGAGUUUCAAGGACUAUAAUGCCAUGAUACUUAAAUAGAAAACUCACUUGUCUAUUCUUAGAAAAGUGACAUAAGUUUUCGACGAUAUACUGAAUAUUUUAUAGGAAUUUUACCAAAUACAUGGAAAACUGAGUAAAUUUGGAGGGAAUAUCAAGUUUAUAGUGCCUUUGGACCUGUAAAUCUGAGGAAAUUUGGAGGGAAUAUCAAGUUUAUAGUGCCUUUGAACCAGUAAUAAGACUAUGUCUCAACCAGGCCAAGGCCACAGAAGCAGUAUAAGUCAAAAUUCAAGAUCAGCAAGCCAAUUCCCCAAUGACUCGGAGGAACUAACCGAUACGGAGCUUGUGAAGCAAGUGAACGACUUGAAACAUCAAAUCAAGAUCCUAAACUUGGAAAAUGAAAUCAUAGAACGAACUAUCAUGAGGUUGGAACCAGCUUUAAUGCACGGAGUCCAGCAAGCCCUGGAAUAUGCCACUAAAUUGCAAAGUAGUUCCUCUUUGAACGUUGGGAGCUUCUUAAAAUCACAGACUUCCAGGUUUGGAUUUGAUUCCCUAAUGAGUCCAUCGCGAAUGUUAACCAGUCCAUCAAAAAUAUCGACCAGACGCGUGGAAUCAUCUGCUAAGAUUGGAGGCACGGUCAUAUUCGGGUCCGGGCCGAGGAUCAACGUACUAGAACGUUCCGAGUUAGUUAUUACUGAGAUGGAAAUCCUAAUAGACUUUUUAGAAAAGGUUAGAAGUAAGGCUGCAAAACAACACGCUUUGCUCAAAGCACAGUUGGAAGAAAUCGGGGUAAGGGUGGUUGAUAUAGAAAAGGCUACGGAAAUGUUCAACCAGCAAGUUAUAAUUGAGGGAUGGGACAAAAUAGCCCAAAGAAUUCCAGCUGAAAUAUGGAUUAGGUUUAUGACGGAGUGGGUCAAAAUGGCUGACAGUAAAAUUGGAAAGUUGCGACUUAGAACGAGCACUUUAAAUACACAAUACGGCAAGCUCAAAGGUCAAAUCAAAGUCAAAGCCGAACUAAGUGAAAGCUUACGACCGGUAGACUUUGACAAACUAAAAAUCGAAAACGAUGAAUGUACAAAAAUAAUAGACCAGAAGAUCCAACAACUAGGAGAGUUGAAAAAAAUGACCGGCGACGCAAAUUUAACUCUGGCUGUCCAUAAAAAAGCACUGAUGGAACAAAACACUUACCUAAAUGAUGUCUUGAAAACUAUAAAGACUAAAAUAAAACAAACGGCAGAGUUGGACAAAGAGAAGAAUGUGAUUCAGAUCCAAGCGGAUAGCCUGGCGCAGAAGUUAGAAGACGUGAGAAAAGUUAGGCAGGCGUACGAAGUUCCUGAUAUAAUGGACUACGUUCAAGUGAAGGCGGAAGUGACUGAUUUAAAGCACAGUGUGAAGUUAUUAGAGAACCGAGUGCACAUACAACAGAUUGCUUUGACGUCAUUGAAUAAAAAAUUACAGACCAUGUUUUUAAAUAAUUAAAGAAUUGUUUUCGGUUAUAA